AAAAAAAAAAAAAAAAGACUGCGCGCAAGGUAAGGAGCGGGAGACUGAGGCAGGAAGGUUGGAGCUGGCCAGGGGCCACCCGCCAAAUGUCACCCGGGGGUGCGCGUGGGCGGGGGCAAAGCUUCAGCGCUUGGCUGGCGGUUGGUCCUGCGCUGGCGGUUGGUCCUGCUCGCGGCUAGCAGGACCCCCUAGGUCUCGAGGGACGGAUUCUAAACCACUGCACGUUGCCCAGGAGACCCCAGUGAUGGCACUGUGGACUCGCCUGUAUGGCCGCGUCCUGGAAAGCUCUAAGGUAAGUGGGGCCAGAACUUGUACAGCACCCGGUGAGGUGCUAGAAAUCAUCGUGGUCAGGUGUGCGGUCGCGGGGAUCUCUUGCUGGAGGGUCGCACCUGCCUGGGGUACUACCUGGAAGUCUUCAGCGAUCCCUGUCGCCCUCAUUAGGCCCGUCUGUCUAUGUGACACACUUAAUAGCCUCUCAUGAUCGUACCUCUCACCUUUCCUUCCUAACCAUUCUCCACUGUACUGAACUGCUGUAUUUCCAUUGUGAAGCCUUCUUUUUUUUUUUUUUUUUUUUUUUAGCUGUAAACUUAAGUUAGGUUGACUGAACAACCACUGCAGUCCUUGAAAAACAUCUCUCUUGAGCCAUAGCAAAUCCAAUUCCUUUCUGUGUUCACUAAAUUAAGCCCAAGAAUUCAGGCAGGCCUUCCCAGGAGCUGACUGCACACAGUCAAUAAGAUGUAAGAUGUAAGAUGCCUGUUGGAUUUUGUACUUGUCAGUUUUCCUGGCUGUAUACUGCUUCUGUGCUUUUCCUGAAAAAGGAUUGAGUGGAAUGGGCCCCUACCAGGAAAUAGAAAAAAACUAGGUAACAGAAGCGCACUUGUUUUCAAAACUAAAAAGUUUGCUUUUGCAAACAAAACCUCACAUGGUUUGCUCUAUUCUUUAUAGGAGAAAUAAGUAGCUCUCUUUGGGCCUUACAUCUUCCCAGCGUUGUUGUCUUCUUUAGUGUCUUCAUGUGGUGGCUUUCUGCAUUUAAUGGGUGCCUGGGUGUAUCUUCACAGAGUAUUUGCAUCCAAAGAAUAACAGAUCUGUGAAUAAAGAGAUUGUCAGCUUUCCUUUAUUAGCUACAGAUACUCAUAAAGUUGUAGAUUUGUGGGAACCUGUAUUUUCCGUAUAAUGACUAGUCCUGUGUUUUUGUUCCAAAAUGAUGUGUGAGGUGAUGCCCACCAUCAGUGAAGAAGGCCCUUCAGGAGGAAGUGAAAACCAUGGAUCUGGCUGCCCUUCACAACCAGAUGCAGAUUCCCAUUUUGAACAGCACAUGAUGUCCAUGCUAGAAGAAACAGACAUUGCUCAGAGCACACUGAUAGAGACUCAAGAAACAUUGGCGUUGACCCAGGGGAAAUUACUCGAGGUUGGUCAUGAGAGAGAUUCGUUGCAGAGACAACUCAAUACUGCGCUUCCACAGGAGUUUUCAACGCUUGCAAAAGAGCUCAACAUUUGCAGGGAACAGCUGCUUGAGAAGGAAAAAGAAAUUGCUGAACUCAAAGCAGAAAGGAACAACAUGAGGCUGUUCCUGGAACAUCUGGAGUUCCUUGUCUCCAGGCAUGAACGCUCUCUCGAAACGACUGUGAUGAAGCGGCAGGCGCGGUGUCCUGCAGAUGUGUCCACAGAGAUGGAAGUGCUAAAAGCACUGACAUUCUUAUUUGACCACCACAAGACCCUGGACAAAGAGGUGCGAGAGCAAUUACGUGUAGCACUGCAAAGGUGCAGCUUGCUGGAAGAGGAACUGGGCGCCACGCACAAGGAGCUAAUGACUCUUAAAAAACAGAAUAAUGAGAAAAAAUCACCAAGAGAUGGAGUGCUUGACCAUGAACAAGAAGAAACACCAAGCACUAAUGGAAAGUUGCUAGCUUGCAGAGAAGAAGAACGAGAUGACAAGACAACGAUAAAAUGUGGAACUUCCCCUCUCUCCUCUCCGAAGUCCCUUCAGCUAGACAGGCUGCACACAGGGGCGUUGCAAAUAGUCAGCCACGAGGACAUCAGGGACAUGCAAAAAUCAAAAAGUGCCCAGGAUGGUCCUGUGAGCAAUCCCAGUAGCAGUGACAGCAGGCAGGACUCGCCCCACAAAGCCCCAAAGAAGAAGGGCAUCAAGUCCUCCAUUGGUCAUUUGUUUGGCAAAAAGGAAAAGGGUCGGCCUGGACAAACUGGCAAAGAAUCACCAGGACAAGAAACCUCAUCUCAGGAUGCGUUCCGACUUAGCAAAUUGGGAGGAAAGGCUGAAAAAAAUCAAAAAUUUCAAAAAAACUCGACAGGCUCCCAGGAAGGUCCUGUGAACAAUCCCAGUACCAGUGACAGCAGGCAGGACGCGCUCCACAAAGCCCCAAAGAAGAAGAGCAUCAAGUCCUCCACUGGUCGUUUGUUUGGCAAAAAGAAAAAGGGUCCACCUGGACAAACUGGCAAAGAAUCACCAAGACAAGGUGGGCCGGUUUUAGGCAGCUGUCCUAACUGCUGGGAUUGGGAGAGCAUGAGCUUUUUCCUAUGUAGCUGUCACAGGUGUCCAGUGCCCAUGAGGAAUCAUAUUUGGGGGCUUUUCUUCUCUUUUGUAGCUGUUGUUUCUGAAACGGAAAACUCAUCUCAGGAUGCCUUCCAACUUAGCAAAUUGGGAGGAAAGGAUGAAAAAAAUCAUCAACUUCAAAAAAAGCCUGAGUUGCUGGAGGAAGCCCAGAGGCAAGGCUUACCAUUUUCACAGUGGGACGGGCCAACCGUGGUUGAAUGGCUGGAGCUCUGGGUUGGGAUGCCUGCUUGCUAUGUGGCUGCCUGCAGAGCAAAUGUGAAAAGUGGGGCCAUCAUGUCAGCUCUGUCAGACAGACAGAUCCAGCAAGAGAUUGGCAUCAGCCACCCUCUGCACAGACUGAAGCUGCGGCUGGCCAUCCAGGAAACCCUGUGGCUCACCAGCCCUUCGGCUCCACCCACAUUGAAAAAGACCACAGGAAAUGUCUGGUUAACACAUGAAGAGAUGGAAACACUCGCAGCCACAUCUCAGAUGGAAGAUGAGGAGGGAAGCUGGAUUCAGACACUUGCAUAUGGGGACAUGGACCACGAGUGGAUUGGCAAUGAGUGGCUGCCCAGCCUGGGCCUACCUCAGUACCGAAGCUAUUUCAUGGAGUGCCUUGUGGAUGCUCGGAUGCUGGACCACCUGACCAGGAAAGACCUGCGGGGGCGGCUGAAAAUGGUUGACAGUUUUCACAGGAACAGCUUCCAGUGUGGACUUAUGUGCCUGAAAAGGUUAAAUUAUGAUCGUAAAGAACUGGAAAGAAGAAGAGAAGAAAGUCAGCAUGUAGUUAAAGAUGUGCUUGUUUGGAGCAAUGAUCGAGUGAUUCGCUGGGUCAUAUCCAUUGGCCUUAAAGAAUAUGCAAACAACCUCAUAGAGAGUGGGGUUCAUGGCGCACAGCUGGCCUUAGAUGAAGCCUUCGAUUACAACACAUUGGCCCUGUUAUUACAGAUCCCGACAGAGAACAGAAAGGCUCGAAAUGUCUUGGACAAAGAAUUUGCCGACCUUUUGGUCCUUGGGACUGUCAGACGUUUUGAUGUUGAGCAUGACAAACACUUUAGGAGAGCACCUUCAUGGAGAGAGAAGGUUAGAGAAAAGGCCAUUCAUGGCGUGGCAACUGGGUCAUCAGAGACACUCCCUGCAAACUUCCGAGUCUCUUCUUCCAAGUCUUCCCACUCUGUGCAGCCCAAUGAGAUCCAGAUGGAUGGCAGUGUAUCAGAAACACAGAAGUUGGAUUCUGCGACAGUCAGGACUUCCUCCCGUUAAGCCUCCUGUUGUUCUGAGACAGGUAAACCUACACAAGGUGGAGCUGCCUGCCCCCUCCAUGGACCACGCUCAAAUGCAGCAGAAGAUACUGGGCAAGAAAAUGCCCCACCCUGGCAUUCUUUGAGACCUUACUCCAGGGCUACUGGACUGUCCUAGCCACCAGAGAGUGGGUAAGCCAUCCUAAGUUCUAGCCCUCAUAGGAAAUGUCGACACUGCCAGAUUCGUCACCGACAGAAAAUCGCUGCUGAAGACUGAGGAAGUUCAGGGCAACAACAGCCCCCUUUAAGGUGUCCGUCUCAGAUUCCAAGUCGCACAAAACUCUCAGGUAAGACAUUCUCUAUAUUUGUGGACAUAGAGGCCAUAUAUACAGAGUUCUUCCUGAGUUUUCAGGCUGCUAUAUUAAGUCCUCAGUCUCUAUGAUGGGGUAUUGAUGGUCAACCUAUGCCAUUUACAAACAGGGCCUAUUUUGUGCAGGUCCCAGUCUUCUCACUUGGUUUAUACUUUUUCAGGAUACAUAAAAGCCUUUCUCAUACUUGCUAAAGUUCUGUUACAGCAAAUCAUUCCAAGGACUACAACCAGGUUACAGUGACCCAUGCCUAAAUCAAAGUUGCUAGACUGCCAUCCUGGUUUCACAUCACUCAGGCUAAGAGGUGCCCUCCCAGCCCUAAAUCUGAUCAUUCUGAGUGGUCAUCUCAUCUUCUGUCUCCUACCUGUCUCCGUCUCACAAAGGCCUCGCAGCCACAGUUAACAGGCUAAGUCAUGUUUUGUUAUCCACUUUGGUUCCUAAUUUCUUACAUUCUAUUAAUGAUCAUUUUUACAGCAGGACUCUUUAGCAGUAUUGCCUACAGACUCCAACAUCAUGCAUACCAGAGACAAGCCUUACCAACCUACCGUCUUAACUUUUAUGCUUUCAGAUGGGGGAGUAAUCACCUCUCAUAACUCCACUCCUCCUAACCCCACGUUUAAUUUUCAGAAUUCUGCCUCACCGUGGAAAUGUUUCUACCUCAACAUGGUCCUGAUAGAAUGAUAUGUCUAAAUCAAAGGCACCUUUCCCUUUACCUCACCUGGGUCCUUAAAUAUGACAGUGCCAUGUCUCCUCAUAACAUCUUGUCUCUUUGUUUUUCCAGUCUGACAUACGUGCAUUCACCAGUGAAGCUGUCCUGGCCAAAACACCUGGUACCAGCGUCUACCUGGGCAUCAACCUUCAUCCCGUCAACUCCCCUAGGCUCCAGUACAGCGCCCUUUGCCAGCAGGAAGUAGUUAAAGAGAGAAAGCUUUGCCCCUUUUCAUAAUAACCAUAAGACGGGAUAUGAAAGGUUUGGCCCAGACAGGACACUGUAGCCAGGAAAGCCACAACCGGAAGCAGGAAGCCCCAUCUUGCCCUGCCCCUAGGAAGUUACCUGUGACGCCAUCUUCCCGCCCCUGGGAAUUUACAUAUGGCGCCAAACCUAGGACCAAUGGGCUACCUGUGUAUCCCUAAUGCCCGCCUUAGGUUCCACCCCAAACCGAGGUUAUUUACAGGCCCCCACGCCACGUGUCCGCCGGAGAGAUCGCCGGACGCCAGCGGUGGGGUUGCCGGUCAUCUCUCUCCGUGUUCUCAGAAUAAAGGCCGCUUUUUAUUUUAUAUUUCUCAUCUUUUGUUAAUAUUUUUCAUCUUUUGGAAAUAACUCUAUCAUUUGUUGCCGUGACUCGAUCGGCAGGCAACUAACUCUUGGGCCACAUACCCAGAGUUUCCUCGCCGAUAACCAGAUACCAUCCUGGAUUAAUCCCGAGCUUUUUCCUCUCCCGAGACGUUCCUGUCGCCAGCCGCCUGCACUCCGCAUCGGCCAGACUGAUUUCAGUUCUGAGACAGGUAAACCUACACAAGGUGGAGCUGCCUGCCCCCUCCAUGGACCACGCUCAAAUGCAGCAGAAGAUACUGGGCAAGAAAAUGCCCCACCCUGGCAUUCUUUGAGACCUUACUCCAGGGCUACUGGACUGUCCUAGCCACCAGAGAGUGGGUAAGCCAUCCUAAGUUCUAGCCCUCAUAGGAAAUGUCGACACUGCCAGAUUCGUCACCGACAGAAAAUCGCUGCUGAAGACUGAGGAAGUUCAGGGCAACAACAGCCCCCUUUAAGGUGUCCGUCUCAGAUUCCAAGUCGCACAAAACUCUCAGGUAAGACAUUCUCUAUAUUUGUGGACAUAGAGGCCAUAUAUACAGAGUUCUUCCUGAGUUUUCAGGCUGCUAUAUUAAGUCCUCAGUCUCUAUGAUGGGGUAUUGAUGGUCAACCUAUGCCAUUUACAAACAGGGCCUAUUUUGUGCAGGUCCCAGUCUUCUCACUUGGUUUAUACUUUUUCAGGAUACAUAAAAGCCUUUCUCAUACUUGCUAAAGUUCUGUUACAGCAAAUCAUUCCAAGGACUACAACCAGGUUACAGUGACCCAUGCCUAAAUCAAAGUUGCUAGACUGCCAUCCUGGUUUCACAUCACUCAGGCUAAGAGGUGCCCUCCCAGCCCUAAAUCUGAUCAUUCUGAGUGGUCAUCUCAUCUUCUGUCUCCUACCUGUCUCCGUCUCACAAAGGCCUCGCAGCCACAGUUAACAGGCUAAGUCAUGUUUUGUUAUCCACUUUGGUUCCUAAUUUCUUACAUUCUAUUAAUGAUCAUUUUUACAGCAGGACUCUUUAGCAGUAUUGCCUACAGACUCCAACAUCAUGCAUACCAGAGACAAGCCUUACCAACCUACCGUCUUAACUUUUAUGCUUUCAGAUGGGGGAGUAAUCACCUCUCAUAACUCCACUCCUCCUAACCCCACGUUUAAUUUUCAGAAUUCUGCCUCACCGUGGAAAUGUUUCUACCUCAACAUGGUCCUGAUAGAAUGAUAUGUCUAAAUCAAAGGCACCUUUCCCUUUACCUCACCUGGGUCCUUAAAUAUGACAGUGCCAUGUCUCCUCAUAACAUCUUGUCUCUUUGUUUUUCCAGUCUGACAUACGUGCAUUCACCAGUGAAGCUGUCCUGGCCAAAACACCUGGUACCAGCGUCUACCUGGGCAUCAACCUUCAUCCCGUCAACUCCCCUAGGCUCCAGUACAGCGCCCUUUGCCAGCAGGAAGUAGUUAAAGAGAGAAAGCUUUGCCCCUUUUCAUAAUAACCAUAAGACGGGAUAUGAAAGGUUUGGCCCAGACAGGACACUGUAGCCAGGAAAGCCACAACCGGAAGCAGGAAGCCCCAUCUUGCCCUGCCCCUAGGAAGUUACCUGUGACGCCAUCUUCCCGCCCCUGGGAAUUUACAUAUGGCACCAAACCUAGGACCAAUGGGCUACCUGUGUAUCCCUAAUGCCCGCCUUAGGUUCCACCCCAAACCGAGAUUAUUUACAGGCCCCCACGCCGCGUGUCCGCCGGAGAGAUCGCCGGACGCCAGCGGUGGGGGUUGCCGGUCAUCUCUCUCCGUGUUCUCAGAAUAAAGGCCGCUUUUUAUUUUAUAUUUCUCAUCUUUUGUUAAUAUUUUUCAUCUUUUGGAAGUAACUCUAUCAGUUUUCACCUACAAUUCUGAUUUUUUCAUAUCAAGUGGCCUUUGGAUGCAUUAAAGUUUAUCAUACAAGUGACAGAGAUGUGGGCACUUUCUUCAGUUUUGCAACCAAAGCAAAUGCCUCACUGGCUUCAUCCUAGGCUGUCCCAAAUACCAGGGCCUCAAAGGACAUGGAGGAUUUUAUGAAAGUGAGAGGCAGUUUCACUGUGAAUUGCAGAUCAUCCCUGAGAACAAUGUGAUCCAUGUGGAAAAACUCAGGGCUUCUAGUCACCACCAGUGAUGAAAGACUCUCAUGGUUAAAGUCCUCAACAUUCAGGUCCAGCUCUCAAAAGAGAAAAAGCUACACCAGACUCUCACCUGGGUCGUAGUCAAAAUGGGGAACGAACUGAAGCCUGAUUACCAAGGGAAAUAGCAACUGGGCAAUGAAAUAAUGAGUCAUGAGGCCAUGAGCAGGAGAAGAAUUCAGCAAUCUCAGGGUCAUAAACCAGACCCAGAGAAGAGGCAUUUGUGAGAAAAGGACACCCAAUAGGACACAAGGUUAGACAGCAGAGAGCAGGCAGGGCUGAUCACAUUGUAUCGCCUUGCAGAAAUGAGAAAAAUCUCAAAUCUGGGACUGCAGGUACAGCUCAGUUGCAUAGUGCUUCAUUAGAAUUUGGAGGUGCUGGGUCAGUCUUAAACAUCCACAAGAAAACAGACAGAAGAAAACUUCCAUCCUCAUCCAUCAUGAGACCAUACUCAUCUCAAUCUGUGGACAUCAAUGGGACAUGAGGAGUGUUCAGACUUCACCAAAUUUCAAUCACAGCAGCCAAGGAUGUGCCUAACCAGGGGGCCUAGGGGCUAUGACAGUAAGUCAGGACAAAAAAGAGAAAUUAAUGAAUACUUUAAGCACAGACUGGACUUGAUGUGCAUUUCUCUUUGUUUUGGAAUAAAGAAUUUUUAUUAUUAUUUCACGUUUAACGUGAGAGAUGGAUCAUUCCUACAUUCAAAUGAAAAAUCAUAGCAUGGGGAAAAUUCCCUGACUUACACAGAAUGGCUAAGAUGAAGAACUGAGGGUCUCAUUCUGGAUCUGAAGUGAUGGCCGUGCCUCCUCCACAGGGAAAGAAACCUCUGAGCAGAGAAGCACACAGUCCAGCCUUAACAGGAUAGUGAAAAUUUUUGGUUGAAAAUGAAGACCUCAGCACCGUAUUGCUCUACUUUGCUCUCAGACAGCAGCAGGAUCUGCAGAGCCCCACAACAAAGGUGAGUCAGCAAGAGGGUGACAUCCUCAAGGCCAGCUGCUAGGAAGCCAACUGCUGGGUCCACUGGGUAGAUUGCAUACCAGAGCCUGAGGCCAGACUCAAGCAUCUCCAUUUAACACUGUGUAUGCAGAAUUACCAUCUAUACAAGAAAGGAUCAUACAAUCCUCAUUUUUGAAUUUUAAUGAAACUUUAAAUGAAAAUAUUACCCAACUCAGUACUUAACAGCUCCCAUGAAAGUCCCCAAAACAAAAGAUCUUCAACAUUUGUACGAGAAAAAAAGUUAGCCAUAGAGAAUAACAGUUCCCUUAGAUAAUAAUUGCACAAAUCAAUACAUUAUUUUCCUCGUAUGGGCUUCCAUAAUGCUCAGUGCUACAGCAGAGCCACAGUCACAGAACUUUUUCCUUUUUAAGACAGGAUGAUAUGGAUAAAUUUUACAUUUAUAAAAAGCCACAUUUCUAGUAUACAAUACUAUUGAUUUUGACACAUGUGUAACUGUGUGUUGAAAAACAUGUUCUGGCUCUAAGUUAGGACCAGUAAGUACCCAUUGGCUUUCCAGGGUGCACUCUGUUCACCCACAACAAACUCACCUGAGACUCACUGCUGCCUGCACCCUGCAUAAAUGCUCUAGAUGUCUCAGAUACUCAUAGAGAGCUUUCCUUCAAUGUGAACACCACAAACUAUUUAAAUUGCUGUGUUUUCUAGGGAACACAUUUGUUUUUAAUUUUGGAUAAAGUAUAUCAGUCAUUCCUGCUGUCAUAAUUCCAUAGAUAGCUCCUUUGGAGGUGAGGAUCUCACUUUGGUGCAUCCCAUUGUAUCUUUACACCACACUGAAAACAUCAUCAUGGGCUCUCCAUGGUGCCACUCAAUAUGUCUGUUCUCCUGGUACACACUAAGCAAGCAAACAAUGGCCACUUUAUAGAAAAAACAACUUUAAAACUCACUGUCUUCGCUGUCUUAGAACAGACAAUGCUGAUUUGCAAUUGAAAAUGGAUGCAUAAAUGGAAUCAGCUAGCUCAUUAUUCCCACAGGGGAACAAAGUUUUCCUCCUUAACAAUGGAAUAUUUUUAAUUAACUGAUGUUGAAAAAAUGCAAAGCAGAAUCUCUGUAACACAAAAUCUUACCCUUCUUUCCUGUGGACUGAAGUUUCUCAGUACUGACAUCUGGACAGCACACAGGGAGGCCACACACAGAGGUAUGACCUGGAGAGGGGCCAGGAGGAAAUGUUGGGAGUAAGAAUAUGAGGGACACAGGCUCUGGGACACCUCUAGGACUUUAAAAGGACAGAUUCCCUCCUGGAUCCUCCAGAGUGAAUGCAUCCUGACAGCAUCCUGGCUCUAUCACACUGAACACUGAGUUGGACUUCUGACCUGCAGAAGUGUAACAUGAUGACUUUUGCAUGUUCAAGAAGUGAAAUCAUGUGAAAUCUUUCUGUAGAAAUGGAAAAGUAAUGUGGAUGUCUUUACUUAGUUUUUCUGUAAGAAUCUUUCAUAAUAAAGUAUGUAAGGCA